AUGGGGGAAAAGGAAGAUGGAAUGGUACCUAGGCCUUCAAUGUCGACUUCGACUUCAUUAAUGACGUCUGAAAAUACAUUUGGCCCUCCAAAUGAUUACCAUCAUAAUUAUGAUGCAAAUAUGUCCUACCCUUCGCCUCCUAGUAAUCCGGAUAAGUUAAGGCUAGAUUUUUCGGCCGGUGGAGAGUAUGAAGAAAAGGUUGAUUGUACAUUUUCUUCAGCUGCUGAUGAAAUGUUAUUUGACAUAAAUGAAGAUUUAGAGGGGACCACUGUUGUGUCGGAUGAUGAGGUACGGGUCGAAGCACCAAGAUCGGGUAUGGAAUUUGCUAGUGAGAAGGAGGUUAUGGACUAUUAUAAGAAAUAUGCCAAGCAAGAGGGGUUUGGUGUAAGGACACAGAGGACUAAGAGAGAUGAUGAUGGGAGAUCUGUGUAUGUCACUAUUGGUUGUGCCCGUGGCGGAAAAUACGUACCUAAGAACAUCAAUAUGUCGAAGCCACGUGCAACAACUAAAACGGAUUGUAAAGCAAAGAUAAAUGUGACGUUGAACAAGAACGAUAAAUGGGUGAUCACUACGGUCGAAAGUGCGCACAACCACAUUAUGGUCAGCCCCAAGAAGACAAGACUAUUGCGAUCUCACAAGCGUCUUGAUGAGCACAGUCCAAGGAUCCUUGACCUCAACGACAGAGCCGGAAUUCGAAUGAACAAGAAUUAUUUUUCUCUUGUCGUUGAGGCGGGUGGGUUUGAGAAUCUAGAGUUCCAAGAGAGGGAUUGUCGGAAUUUUAUUGACAAGGCUAGACAUCUAAGGUUGGGUAAAGGAGGUGGCAAUGCCCUUUACGAGUAUUUUCAGAGAAUGAGAAAUCAGAAUGAUGGAUUCGUUUCUUUCAUGGAUGUCGAUGAUGAUGGAAGGUUACGAAAUAUAUUUUGGGCUGAUGCACGGAGUCGGGCGGCCUACGAGUACUUCGGAGACGUUGUGACCUUCAAUACAACGUACCUAACUAACCGAUACGGGAUGCCCUUCGCCCCAUUUGUUGGCGUUAAUCAUCAUGGUCAGUCCAUACUCCUAGGGGCGGGGUUACUGUCAAGUGAGGACACACACUCCUUUGUUUGGUUGUUCCGCACAUGGUUGGAUUGCAUGAACGGUCAAGCGCCUAAAGCCAUCAUAACGGACCAGGAUCGGGCAAUGAAGAAUGCAAUCCAUAUGGUAUUUCCGGAAACCCGCCAUAGAUAUUGUCUAUGGCAUAUAAUGCGCAAACUUCCAGAGAAGCUUGGAUCUCACUCCCAUUUCAGUACAGGGUUGAAGACUUCCAUUCAGUCAGCAUUGUAUGAUUCACAGUCCUGCACGGAAUUUGAGGAGAGGUGGGGUGAAUUUAUUGAUAAAUAUGAUCUAAGGAGUAAUAAUUGGCUCACGUCCUUAUAUGAGGAGAGGACUUUUUGGGUCCCGGUUUACUUAAAGGAUGUAUUUUGGGCGGGUAUGAGCAUGACACAACGGUUAGAAAGCAUGAAUGCUUUCUUUGAUGGGUAUGUCCAUUCUGGUACCACCUUGAAGGAAUUCGUGGACCAAUUUGAUAAUGCCUUAAAAAAGAAGGUUGAGGUAGAGACAACGGCGGAUUUCAACUCUAGUAACCAAAUCAUCCCCUGUGUUUCCCCUUUCAACUUUGAGAAACAGUUUCAGAAGGUAUACACAAAUGCAAAAUUUAAAGAGUUUCAAAAGGAGUUGAUGGGCCUAAUGUGCUGUAAUUGCACACUGGUAAGCAAGCAGGGGUGCAUUUUGACCUUUGAUAUCUUGGAUGAAAUCCCUAUUCAUGAGUGUACCAAAAUAGUCCACUACACACUUUAUUAUAAUGAAGAGGAAUGCGAGAUAAAAUGCACGCGUGCAUUGUUUCAGAUGAAGGGAAUUUUAUGUAGGCAUGCACUUAAAGUUUUGCAUUUGUCCCGAAUUAACGUGGUGCCAGAUAAAUAUGUCUUGGCUCGCUGGAGGAAGGAUGAGAAGAGGACGUACACAUUGAUCAAAAGUAGUUAUGAUGAUGUGCGUGGGAGUGGAGACUGUAGGAGGUAUGAAAGGGUGGUUAAACGAUGCAUGAAAUUAGCAACUAAAAUAUCCACAAGUGAACAGAAAGUCAAUGCAUUCCUGCACGUUGUCGAUGACUUUGAUGCAAACUGUGAUGAUGAUACAUGUGGUGCGAUCUCCGAGUCAAUGAAGUUUGGACCUAACGUUGUCAUGGAUAAAAGUAAGAAAAUAUUAAGCCCCCAUGUGGUUCGAGGGAAAGGAAGACCCCCAAGUAAGAGAAAGGUUCGGCCUGUGGAGAAGAUUGCAAAAAAGAGAAAGGCUUGCAAGAAAUUAUCCAUUGACAACAUUGAAACGUGUGCCACCCCGGGAUCCCUAGUGGACCAAUCUGAUGAAGGGAUCGUUUUUGUGGCUCUUGGUCGUGUUGUUGUGACCUUUGUGAAUAUGCCAAAGGUAAGGUUUUUUGUGGAGAUGCAAAGGCUUGUGGUCUUCUUGCAUCAGUCAGCAUCUUCCCCUUCUCUUGAUGCACGAAAAGAUGCAUAG